AUGAUGUUCAUGAAGAACGGAUUGGUUUCGCAUGCCCCAUUCACGUUCAGCGGAACGAAUGUCUCCGAGUGCUCCAGUUACGUCUAUCCAGGUCGUGAAAUCAACUUAAUCAACGACGUAGCUCCAGAGUUGAGCAGAAGGAAUCGAGUAGCUUGGAGAGCUUUCAAGAGCAUCGGUAAAGUAGUGAGGAGCUCAAAGAACGCCCGGCCUUGUGCUCACCUUUUCGACUCAACAGCACUUCCUGCGUUAACGUAUGCGUCAAAAACUUGGUCGCUGCGCAGGCAGGAUGAAAGAUCAUUCGGCGUUAUCGAACGCGCAGGCGAAAGGACGUUGCUAGGAGUAUCCCUUGUCACGCAAGUAAGGGAAGGAAUCCGGAGCUCCGAUCUGCGUCAGCGAUCAAAAAUUAAAGAUGCUGUUUUGUACGCCAAACAGUGGAGGAUAAAGUGGGCCGGACACGUAAUUCGUAUGAACGACAACCGAUGGACAGAAACCGUUAGUGACUGGAUUCUUCGGAAUGUUAAACGCACUGCAGGAAGACCACUGACUCGACGGUAA